UUGUUAAAUAAAUAAUGAGUUCUGAACUAAAAUUAAAGGUUUUAGCAAUACACGGCUACCGUCAAUCAGAUAAAAUAUUUAGCGCUAAAAUAGGAUCUAUGAGAAAAAAUUUUAAAAAAGAACUAGAUUUCACAUUUAUAAGAGCACCACAUAAAAUUUCAUACACAGAAAAAUAUAGUAAUGAACAAACAGAAGUUAAUUUGAAAUUUGAAGAUACCAAUGAGUACGGAUGGUGGUUCAAUACACAAAAUAAAACAUUUAAAGCUGUAAAUUCAAGUGAUUUAUGUGUCGGUUUUGAUGAAAGCUUACAAUUAAUUGAGCAGAUAUUUAAGGAACAAGGUCCAUUUGAUGGAUUAAUUGGUUUUUCACAAGGAGGAUCAUUUGUGUCCAUACUUUGUGCAAUGCAACAACUCAAAAUUAUUCCAAUUGAAUUUCAAUUUGCUAUAAUUAUUUCUGGUUUUAUAUCUCUUUGUAAACCACAUGAAGUAUUUUAUAAGCAGAAAAUAAACUUACCUACACUUCAUGUAUAUGGUAAUAGUGACCAAGUUAUUCCAACAUACAAAGCUAAAGAAUUAUGCGAUCUAUUUAUUGAUAAAGAAGUUGUAUUACAUGAAGGAGGACAUUAUGUACCAGGAAGUAAACAUAUUUAUAAUAACUUUAUUAAAAAAAUGAUUACAAAAAAAUUAAACUCACUACAAUGGUAUGAAAUACUAUAG